GUUGUGACAGUUGGAAAGUUCCAAGGAGGUGGUGCAUUCAAUGUUAUUCCAGAUUAUGUCACAAUUGGUGGCACCUUCCGAGCUUUUUCUAGAGAAGGAUUGGAGCAACUUAAAAAGCGCAUUGAGCAGGGGCUACGGCUGAUUCAUUAUGCAGGUUAUCAUUGGUCAAGCUGCUGUGCAGAGGUGUAAUGCAACUGUGGAUUUCCUUGAUGAAAAGAAACCUUUAUAUCCUCCAGUAGUAAAUAAUGGUGACUUGCACAAGCUGUUUGUUGAUGUUGCUGGGAAUUUGCUUGGCAUCAAUAAAGUUAAUACUUACACAAAACCAGUCAUGGCCGCUGAAGACUUUGCGUUCUAUCAAGAGGUCAUUCCUGGCUACUUCUCCACCCUUGGAGUGAAGAGUGCUUCACCCGAAACGCAUCGGUCAUUGCACUCACCCUAUCUCAAAAUCAACGAAGAUGCACUUCCUUACGGGGCUGCACUUCAUGCAUCAUUGGCUACUACUUAUCUUAUUAAGUAUCAGCAGGACGUAGCCAAGGUAGACAGGAAAUCUAAUGAUGAAUUAUAAGUGUUAAUAACUAUUAAAAGCUAAUGUAGUGUAGCAACAAUGACCUCAAUGUGGCAUUGUAUUUCACGUUUAUUUGUCGCAUGAUUUAGUGCACUUUUGAUUUACCAUUUCGGACAUUCACUCACUCUAAUGUACAAAACAUUGAAGUAAGUCUUUUGUUUCAUUGAAGUGGUCGUUAGUUACCUUGAA